CGCUCUUUGUUUCUUUACGGCGGUAUUUUCUUGCUGAAGCUUUGUAAUCUAGUAUGAGUGUGUGUCGUUUUUGCAAAAACUUUUUACUUGUUGAUUCGAGUUGUUUUGUCUUUUAUUUAAGUGUAGAAUUAAUGUUUUAAUUUAUUUUUAAGCGCGUGAGUGUGUGUUUUGGUUAUUGUUGAAAAUAUAAUUGAUUGGUAUAAAGAUAAAAUAUCGGUUUUAAUAUAAAACAAUCAACGAAUUAGUUUUAGUUUGCGGUUUGUUGCAACAAAAAAGUUGCAAGUGCUUUGGUUUGCGAGAAUUUUAAAACAACAACAACGACAACAAAAGAACUUCGGAUUGUGACUAGCACAAAUAAAAAUGAUUGUAUUGUGAAAUAGAGAAUUCUAAUAUUAUUAACAAAUCUCCAAAUUCCUGUACAAAUUUUCCGUAAUGUCCAAGAAUACCUCACCGGUUUUAAGCUCAGAAGAGCCGCCCACAGUGUCCGAUGACUCCACAAUAACAACAACAACAAUACGUGAAGAUUUUGUUCUUGCUGCUCCAGACAAAUUCAAAGAUGAUGAACCAGCUGAGGAAUCAAAUGUUUCUAACCAAGAUCUUCCCCAAAUUAUGAAUCUCAAUUGCUUGUUGCUGGCGGACACAACGUUGGAAUGUGCUCCUUUACAUCUACAACAUGUACUACGCCACUUUGAAAAUGCGUCCAGGAUAGCACCGGGAGAGUUACUAUUUGUACUGACAUAUAUUAUCGCAUUAGAAUCGGGAUUUGUUGCGCAAAAACACUACGAAGAAAUGGGGAGCAGAUUACAUUGGAUUUCGUCAACCACAUCGUAUCAUUCCAAAAAUGUUUUACGCCUUAGUCGAUUGGCACCGAAUUACGAAAGUAAUGAAGAGCAAACACGAUUUUAUUUGAAAUUAAGCUCCAUUACAGAUAUGAAUGUAACAUCAACUGACCAAAUAUCUGCGUUGCUGGCAGCAUUUGUAACUGGCGAUUUCUUAAUUGUAACUCUGUCACCAGCCACGUCUACGACAGCCAAGGGCUACAGCGUAGCACUUUCCAUAGGCAGAUUUGUACUGUCCAUGUCAAUUAAAAACAAACCGAUUUAUCAACGCCUAAAAAAAUUGGAUGAAUUAACAAAUUUACUGCGUGAACAACUGUUUGUACCUAUGCGCAAUCAACAUCUUUACUGGUUGAGUGCUCCCAUAUAUCCAUCUCUUGAUGCCAUGCCGCCGGAACUUUAUGAUAACAUAUUACAAUAUCUUAGCUUUAAUCAAUUAAAAAUUCUGGUUAAUGUCAAUAAAUCUCUUUAUAAUUCAACAAUAAAUAGCAAACAUAUGAUUAAGAUGAGGGCAUAGCUAGAAAUCUCAUAUAAAACCAAUAUUGAUUACAAAUUUGUUAUUUCAGUUUCUAAUGUGGUAAAGGGAAGUUAUGUGACACACCGUGUAUUCUACAAAAUUAUUUGCACACAGGUUCCUUAAAAUUUAAGAUCGUUUUCGGUAGUGUAAAAACUUAUUUGUAUGUAAAACUU